UGUGACUUGAGCGCCGCCACUCGGGCUAAACAACCCUCUGUAGUAUCGUUCGGCCGUGAGUCGAAAGCCCGCGUACACGCUAGCACAGUUACGUACCGCACGCCGUCUCGCGAUAACGCAACCGAAAGACGUGACGACUGGGAUUGCUCCUCGACACACGUUUCGUACGCUUGACAAUAUAAGUAUUAUAAAACAAUUUAGAAAGAAAUAAUUAAAAAAAAAAAAAAAAACGAAGAAGUCAUAUUUUCCGAUCGACACUCGCCGGGUAACGAUCCGAUAUUAGUAGGUACACAUCGGCACCAGCAGGUGGUGUUGUUUCUUUAAAACACGAUGACCACUAAAUAGUAUUUAUGUCAUCAUCCGUUUUUAGAGCAUAAAAAACAAUCGUUUUAAUUUUUUGCUCGAAAUCUCUUCGGGCCGUCGCCGACAUUGGUUGACCGGUACGACCAGCGCGUCAUGUUCGGCUGCAACUGCGUGUCCCGUCCGUAACUGAUCGCGACCGUGGACGUAACUCCGAUAUUACUGCUACUACUACCAUCGCCGCCAAAACUAUAAGAAGUAUCGAUUGAAAAUACUAUACUAUUUAAUACUAAUCAAUGAAAAUGUAAUACAUUUAUGAUAAUGUCUGUCAUUCAAUAGUAACGCGUGUCAAAAAUGUAUUUGAGAGGCAUUUUUAGUUAUUUUAGCCACGAAAAUAGUUUCCGUACGUCACCAAUAAUAAUAUACCGAUACGUGUAAAAUAUUGCCACUACAAAGUUAUUGACAAGUCGUAAAUAUAUUUAAUAUUAUACACACGCUGGGACGGUAGGACAACGAAAACAGGAGGAAAUAAAGGAUAUAAUAUACGAAUCGCCACCGCAUAGCCAUGCGGCACAGAGGGGCUCGUGAUUUUUCCUUCGUCUUGGCCGUAUUCGCCGCUUGUUUUAUCGGCCAACUGACGCUCGGCAUCCACAUAAGAGAAUGCGAUGAAGCUCUUGGUAUGGAAUCCGGCGCUAUUCCAGAUUCGGCGAUCACGGCUAGUUCGUCGUACAAUGUGCCAAAUGUCGGACCGAGCAACGGAAGGUUAAAAGUAGAACGUGCUGGGGGUGGUUGGUGCCCCAAACCACCGGUAGAACAAGGCGUCCGCGAAUGGCUUCAAGUUGAUUUCGGGUCUGUGCAUAUGAUCACGGGAGUGCAAACGCAAGGACGAUUUGGUCACGGGCGUGGACUCGAAUAUGCCGAAGAGUACACGUUGGAAUACUGGAGACCCGGGUUGACAGAAUGGAAACCAUACAAGAGAUGGGACGGAAAACAGAUAAUGUCCGGCAACACGGAUACCUCGACCGUGGUCUUGCACCAUCUGCUUCCGCCCGUCUACGCAUCGCAAGUACGCAUAUUGCCGUACAGCGUUCACCGUCGCACCGUUUGCCUGAGGGCAGAGAUCAGAGGAUGCCCGUCCGACCACGGAAUAAUCAGCUACACGAUCCCGUUGGACGGACCUACGAGUGAUAAUACGGACGUGGCGGACCUUUCGUACGACGGCGUGGUGCAUGGCGACAAAAUUCAAGGAGGUCUCGGACGUUUGGUGGACGGUGUACGCGGAGAGGACAACUAUAAAAUGGAUAUAGGUUACGGAAAAGGUAACGGAUGGGUUGGAUGGCGUAAAGAAUCUUUCUCAAAGGGAUUUGUGGAACUAGUAUUCGAAUUUAGUGAAGUAAGAAAUUUUUCGGCUGUGCACAUAUUCACCAACAAUUUUUUCAGCAAAAACGUACAGGUUUUCUCAAAAGCGAGGGUACAAUUCAGCGUAGGUGGACUACACUAUCAAGGACGAUCGGUUUGGUAUACAUACAUGCCAGAUACUGCAUUAGAAAAUGCGAGAGAUGUCGACAUACUGUUGCAUAAUCACGUUGGCAAGUACGUGAAAAUCCAACUUUACUUCUACAGCAAAUGGAUAAUGAUUAGCGAAGUGAAGUUUGAUUCCGAACCAUUGGCUCAGAACGUGACGGUGGACGCGGACGCGCCGUUCGAGGAUGAGCAGCUGGUCGGAGGAGCGGUGGAUCCGCCUUGGGACUCGCCCGACACCACUGCACACAAGGAAAAGGAUGACAGGACCGGUGGAGGGCUAGUGGAAGUGCUCAUCGGCGUGCUGACUGCCGCCACGCUCAUCUUGCUAGGCAUUUUCGCCAUUGUGUUAGCACUGAGUCGCCGCAAGAAGCAUCAGACAAUCAGCACUUCGAUAUUCAAAAAGCCAUUUGGAGUUGCCAUCAACAUGAAAGACAUAUUCAUGAACCUAUCACCUCACAACAACAACACUACCACCGUUAGCAACAACAAAAACAACAGCCACAAUCAUGGUUUGAUCAUCGGAGGCGGUAAUCGGCACAUCACAGAGAACCCGUUGGCGGUCGGCGAACAGAUGCGUAGCGACAGUUUUGCAUCGGAUGCUUACGACAAAUCACAGCACGUCGUCUACGAAACACCAUUAUUGGCCCGCAAAGACUACGAGACGAUUCGGAGUAGCAAAGACGCUAGAAGCACGAUGUCUGCAAAAGAAUUCUGUCGCAGUGACUCGGAACGCGGAUCGCUGAGCAGUCUGGAGAUCGACGUCCGGGCCGCCGAAUAUUCGACAAGGGACAGCGUCACAUCGUUGCACUACCGGAGCUUGCAGAGCCAACCGCCACCACCGCCCGUGCCGGUUCAGGUCGACGCCCCGGUCCGGCCGAAACACCUCCAAUGUAGCACCACCGACGUACCGGCCACCAGGAAAAGGUUUCACACGGCGCCCCGCGAAAAGCACAGAAUGGCACCACCGUCGGUGUCGUGGAACAUAAGUCCCAGCAUGGGCCAAGUAUACAAAUGCCGGGAAGCGGACAUUGUUCAGAUACCGCGGUACUGUUUGAACGUGGUCAGCAAACUUGGCAGCUCGCACCUGGGCGAGGUGGCCGUGUGCGACACAACGAUGGACAUCCGUAUAACGGAGAACGGACGCGUGGCGGCCAAGACUUGCAACUCCGACUCGACCAGGGAAGUCAAGUUCCUGUGCAGCCUGCUCGACCCGAACCUGGUCCGCGUGUUCGGCGUGUGCAUUAAUGAGUCUCCGCCGUGGUUGAUCACCGAGUACCCAGCCGAGCUUGGUGAUCUGGUCAUAGUGUUAAGGACGCACUCCGCGCUCACGUACACGACGCUAAUGUUCAUGGCCACUCAAAUCGCAUCGGCCAUGAAGUAUCUAGAAUCCAAGAACGUGGUGCACAAAGACUUAGCAGCCAGAAACUGUUUGGUUUCGAGAGGCUAUUCGAUUAAAGUGGCCGACUUGGCGGUGUGCAAUCCGGCUUACAAAAAGGACUAUAGCGAAAUCGGAAACAGACCUCCGGCACCGAUCCGAUGGCUACCGUGGGAAAGCAUACUACUGGAUCGAUAUACUUGUCCGAGCACUGUAUGGUCAUUCGCCGUAACAAUGUGGGAACUGUUGAACAUGGCUAGAGAUAAACCAUUCCCGCAUCUCACCAACGAGCAGGUCAUACACAACGCUGAACAGAUGUACUACGGAGGAGAGCUACAAGUACUACUACCCAAACCCAACCUGUGCCCCACCGAGAUUUACGAGCUCAUGUGCCAAUGCUGGAAGCGUGAUCAAAACCUAAGGCCCACGUUCAAACAACUUUACCAUUUCCUGAAGCGCAAUCACACAACGUACUCGUGCGAGAUUGACAAGCAACUGCACAACGUUUCGCCGAUAUAAUAAAAUAUAUUGUAUUGUUAAAUUAUAAAAACCAUAAUGAUAUUAAUUAUCAUAAUUAAUAUUAUUAUUAUUAUUAUUAUUAUUAUUAUUGUUUGUAAUCAUUUGUAAUAUUUGUAUAGGAAUUAGUAUAAGUAUUGCAUAAGUAUUAUGUAUAUGUAUACAAUAUAAUGUAUAUAUAUAUAUAAUAUAUGUAUAUAAUAUGUAUGUGUAUUAUACGUAUAUGUAAAUGAAAAUUGUACAUUUUCUUGUUAAUCCUAUUUUCUUUACCCGCUCUGUUCAAAAAAAAAACUCGAUUUGUAGCAUUCAACGACAUAGGUUAUUGUGAUGUAUAGGUUAACCGUGUAAAGUGAGAACAGGGUUUUGCUUCGUCUACGACUUUGUGAUACGACUUUUUUUGAAAAAACACAUUUUUUUUCUAACUUCACAACCGGCCGGGACCACCGGACAAACGCUUCGUGACAAUUUAUUUCCAUAAACUAUUUCAUAUCGUGUAUUUUUCUAAUUCAUGUAUACUUUUAUAAAAAUAAAUAUAUAUACUUAUAUGGUUAUAUUAUAUAAUUAAUAUUAAUAUUAUGUUGUAUAAUCGGAAACGUUGUUAGCUAGACAAUCAAAGUGGUAGGGUAUGUAAUAUAUAUAUUAUGUUGGAAUAAGUUGUAAUUUCGAUGUCAUCUAUGUAAUAUAUAUAUAUAAAAAUAUAUAUGUAUAUUUAUAAAUCAAAACCGUUUUACUAUUAUAGGCCUAUAUUACUUCGAUAGGGUCUUAUUAUUUAGCCAUUAUAUUAUUAAUUAUAUAAUAAUAAACUGUAUUAUAUAGUAAUAAUUAGUAUUAUAAUAAAUAAUAUUAUAUUAUAUAUAUACAUAUAUAUAGUAUGUUAAUACAUAAGAUCGGCUUAUGAUGUGCAAUAAUGAAUAUUAUAUACACUAUUGUUUAGUUAAUAUUAAAUUCUAAUGUUUUUUUUUUUUUUAAUUCGUUAGUUAAUGUCAUUAAAACGACCUGUAAACAUGUUUCUCUGUGAGUGUUUCUUUGAUUUUUUUUUACGUUUUAUGAUAAAAAUAUACGUCUAUUAUAUUUUUA